AUGACAACGCGGCUCGACUUCACCACUGCCGAUCUCAUAACGUGUCUCAUUUGCAUCAGAGAAUUCGAUACCAAAACGAGGAAGCCGAAAGUACUUCAUUGUGGACACACAGUUUGCGAAGAAUGCUCUGAAAAUCUUAAAGACGCAAACUCGCCUUCUCUAUCAGUUCGCUGUCCCACAUGCCGCCAAUUCACACAGCGUAUGCAAUCUCAGACUUGCAACACCAACUUUCAGCUAAUGGGAUAUCUUGCUGAAAAAGAGAAAAUGGAACGAGAGCGAACUGCCAAAGGCGAAAAAGUCAAGAAGACCGAUCAACAUUUCCAGUUCAGAGUAGGACGCAGUAAUAAAAUGGAAAUUCACAUUGCUUCCAAGAAAGACCUUAAUGGAACAGAAAUGUACAUGCGGAAGGAUGUUGAUGGAGCAACUCAUUUAGUACUUGCCGGAAAGACGGGAUCUCCAGAGGAAAUCAUAAAAUUCAUAAACGACAAUGGAAUUUGCAUUGAAACGGGAAAACUGACUCCUCAAAUUGUUCACGACGAAGGUCGGACAAAGGAGGCUGAGAAAUUUGCAAAAGUAAACAGUAUGGCAACCGGACAGUCAGCUAUGAAAUGCGCGAAACCACCUGCAAAGUUAGAAGAGUUAGAGUUCCAGGGCUCAUUCGAAUUGAAAGCAACUGAAGUGAAUGGAUCGAUCAAGCUGGAGUUGAUCCAGAAAGGGGACGUUCCAAAAAAUGGAUUUGGAGUGCUCGGAGGCUGUAUGACGAAACCCACCACAAAACGUAUCAAGGAACUGACCGCGGCUUGUGAACCGAGUACUUCUUCAAAGGCAGACGUUUCGGAAGCGCCACAAGAACCACUUCCAAAACGUCGCCGUGGCAGAAAAUAA